AUGUCGAAAUUCCGAGCGCACGUUUCCCCCGGGACCCUGCUGGUCGCGGUGGGGCUGGGGAUGGCGUGGGAGACGGUGGCGCGGUGGAGGGGAGGAGGGUCCUCGCGGGGGCCGACGUCGCACGCGAGGGGCCACUGCGUCAUCAUCGUGUGUCUGUUGGCGCUCGUCUGCGAGGUCGUCCUGUUCCGCGGGUUCCGCGGGGAUUCGAUGUCGGUGGAGACGGUGCAGGAGGUCGUUCUGUACGGGUGGGUUCUCCUGAUGGUCUUGGCGCAGAUCUGCGUCGCCGAGUUUGGGAUUCCUUUCCCGCCGCGUUCCUUCUCGGUUUACGUCAUGCUGGCUCUGAUGGGGCAGGGGAUCUUGUUCUUCGAUGAAUUGCUGCGCGCGCGGUCUCCGUCGGCUUUCACGAUGUAUACCUUGUUGGAGUUGGUGAUUGGGAUGGGGAUGGCUUCGGCGUGGAUGGAGGUGAAAGGCGGGGACAACGUUCAGGCGGCGGCUCUCUUUCGCUCCUACUGCUUCCUCCUGCAAGGGAGCUGGAUCAUCCAGAUCGGAUUCGCUCUCCACUCUCCCUGGAAGUGGGAGGAGGAUGUCUCCCGGGCCAUGACCGUCUUUGUGGGUCACAUGCUGCUGGCUUCAUUUGGCAUCCUGGGUCUCAAUUGCCUGGUGGCGUAUUUUCAAGCGUCGGAGCCGGCUGCGGAGGAUGACUCGGUCGGGGCGCCGGAUCUCGUCAAAGUCAUCGAGCGUGACUUUGUGGCAGAAUAUUCCAAGUCGACUCCAGAGCUCUUGCCAGCAUCGUGCUAGAGCGGCGAGAGGAUUCACCGAUUCUGAGCCCAUUAAGCUAAUCAACUAUUUAGGCAUAAAGUGCACGCCUCGGAAACUUAUUACCCGUUCCGCUACUAACGUGUUUCCACUGAAUAUUUCAUGAAAUCAUCCGACAUCAGAGAUUCCAUGGUAUGAUGAAAACGAGCGAGAGACAUGACUCAAGAAAAGGGAGCAAGUACUGUAGGCACAGUACUCCUUUAUUCCUAUGGAAUGAGGACAGAGCCAUCAGAAAAAAAGGAAAUCCCGAAGAGCGAGGGAUCUUUGGGCACCAUCUUAUUUAAAUCGCUUCGUGCGUUUCGUUGAUGGCGUGGUAGUAACGGCAAAAUCUUUCUCAUCGUCUUUCUAAGGUUGCAGAAAAUUUCGUACACUUCAUUCAGACGUCGAGGCAACCACAGCGUCUAAACGCAUUUGUCCAUCCCAUUCGCCUCAUAGGUCCUUCCGUUUGCUUGCGCUUCCUCUCAGUGGAAAGUCGCAGGGGCAAGAUGAAAGGGGCCAGUUCACCUCAGAUUUUUCUGUAAAAACGUAAGAGGCUCCCAUUCCAUUAUGCGGUGUUCCGAGAAUGUCACUUCUGACCUGAAUUCUUAGUCGAGCCAAAAGAAGGAAAAAAUAAUUUAUUCCCUCCUCUCCGAGAAUUCAUCUAUUUCGCUUUCUAUUUCCUUCAGAAAAGAAAAUUCCCCCUUCCCCGAAAAAUUCUUCGGCAACCCCACUCCCCCCGUCCUUCAACCAGGCCGGGGAGACAAGCAACUAUGCUAAGGCAACCUUCAAUUAUCCAAAUCUUUGGGGGGAGAGGGGCAUUAUGUUCUCGCCCCCCCCCCUCAUCGUCUUCAGCUGGGAUUUUAUUUGGAUUUAAGAAUUGCCUCCUCUUCUCUGAUUCGACGGUAGUAACACAUUCACUGCCAGGAAUUUAAAUGAAUUUAUGUGUCAGCAUACCUUCGGUAAUGCUUAAGAGUGUGGUAUCUAGUCUCCCCUUGUAGGUUGUGAGACAUUUAAAUGACAUCUCUCGAAGAAAUAAAUAACUAUUAGGACAACGGAGUGGAAACGGCUAUGUCAUGUGGCAGCGAAUGUGUUCAGUCGACGGCAGAAACGGGUCAAGUGUUCAUGAAAAGCGGUCGUACACUGCCACGUCUGAGGAAGGAAAUUUGUGAAAUUUGUUUCCUCAGCUUUUCUGGAAAUGCAUAUUUAUGCGAGCAUCUUCGCAGUCAAGCACUACCAGAUAAUGCAGAAAAUGGCAAUAAUACGGACAAAUCAAACAAUACAACAAAUUAAUAUUUAAAAAACCGGCGUUAGGAAAAUUGAAAAAAAUGACUAGUUCUCAAACCUUUUUAAAAGUAAGACUCAAGCCAAUGACAAACGUGUAUCACAGAAAACUUAAAUGACUUCAAUCUUAACGAAUGACGCUGGUCUCGUCAAUCGGCUCAGAAAGCUGAGCCUGGAGAAAGGGAAUGGUGAAAAUCGCUAAUAAAAAAAAAAUUAAUUCCAUGGAAAUGCGGAUUCAGCGAAGGUCGAAAUGAACAUGCAUGAGAAUAAGUAAAUAAAUAAAUAUGAGUCCUUCAG